CUUUUCUUCCUCCUGAGGUUGAUUCCAUUUUGGGAAAAUUUUAACAGUAAAGUAUCGUAGUUGAGAUGUGUUUAUCUGUCUCACCAUGAUUAGAUUGAUUUGCUCAUCAUGUCCCCUGGUUAAUACUUAAGCAAAUGGCUCCUGUGUAUGAGAUACUCCCCCUAGUGCUUUGGUUUGGAGGCCAUGAACGUACUACUUCCCUCCCUUCCUUCCUCCUUCCUUUCUUCCCUUUCUCCCUCGCUGCUUCGGAAGAGCCCAUUAUCUGAUUACUAAACUAACUAUGCAAACACAUAGUUUUGAUAUAAAUUGUAAAACAAUAUAGGAGUAUGUGUAGAGGGCCAAGGGAGCUGAGAGUAGUAAAUGACCAGUUUUAUCUGGAGGAUUUAGGAGGACUAACAUAAUAAUUAGCAUAAUAGUUAUAAUCUUAUUCUGUGUACUUUGAUGAUCACUUUAUAAAUUCACUUACAUCCUGUUUUAUAGAUGGGAAGCUGAAACUUGAGAAGUUCAAGGAAUUUGUUAAUAACAUUAUAUGGCAGUAAUGGCAGAGCUGGGGUUUAAACUCUCAGUCUGACUCUUGAGCCCAGGUUUUUAGCCUUUGCUUAUUAAGUGGAGCAGGAGGAGAGGACUGCUUUAGGCAGAGAAGUGGGUCUGGUGGAUGUAAUGAUGUACUGUUGUCCUAUGCAGGGGCAAGCAGUGAAGCAUGACUAGGAUUCGAGAGGGCCAGUAGCAGUUGAUGGAGAAGAUGAAGCGUGAGGGCAGGCAGGAGCCAGUGAAAAGCUGAAAGUCAUGCUGAGGAGGCGGGGUUUAUUCCAGAGCCAGUAAUUUUCAUCUGGAGCGUAAAUUUGUGAUUAUGAGGGCAGCUUUGGACGCAGUGUAGAAACUUUGGCCCAUGUACAAAAUUUGGAAGCUAUGAGUUCAAAAUCAUUACUUAAUAGUAACCACUUUGGUGCACAUGUAACCAUUUGCAAGAGUUUGGUGCAAGAGUUUUUGUGCCCUGGUCAGGCAUGGUGGCACAGAUCCAUGAUCCCCGCAGUUGGGCAAUGGGGGCAGAAGGUUUGUUGUAAGUACAAGACCAGUCUAGGCUAAAAUUAAGUUCAACACCAGCCUGAACUGCAAAGGGAGACCUUGUCUCAAAAGACCCCCUCCCCAAUUAUUGUGCCCUUCAGAGAGGGAAUUCAUACUUCUUAUAGGGUGGGUGUUUAAACUCAGAUUUGCAUUUCCCAGGAGGUUGGGAGAUGGUUUUAUUCAUAGGAAAGUAAGUGUGGUGUGAAUGGACUUUUCAGAGGCCUUGGUUAACUUCAACAGCAAGCGGUGGAGGAUGUGGAAUAGAGUAGGUGCCCAGCUGUGAGGUGGAGGUAGUGGUUGUUGAGAUGAAAGAUCAAACUUGUGGUUCUGUGUGGAGUUUUUUGUAAGAAUCAUCAAGAGCAGAAGUUUAUAUAUAAAAAUGCAUAGACUGUGGUCCAUUUACUGCGUGAUUGUCCUGGGAUGCACCUAAGAGCUCAGCCUUGUGUGUAUGAGGAGUGUAUAGCACAUGGUGGGCAGUGGUUCCUGUCCUGGGAACCUCAGCUCAAUGCAGAGUUGAUUGGACCAGGUGACCAGGUGGUAAGAACUCUGAUGGUCUUUGCUAUGAGGACCUGGAAUGAGGUUAUGGAGAAGAUUGUAAAGAAAUGGAAAUACAUGUUGACUGGUUGUUUUUUUUAAAAUUAAAUAUGUCUUUUCUACUGAUCUAUGGCAGUCUCUUACAGUUGAAUCUCAUUAGCAUUGUAUGCCACUAUAUAGGGAACUAAAAAAUCAAAUCACGUUUACUGCACAUGAGUUGUUUUUCAUUUUUCACUUUUAUAAAAAAUGCUGGUUUUGUAUACAAAAUCCUAUAUGCUUUUAAGGAUGAUUUCAGGGUUUUUAAAAAAUUCUUUUUUUCUCAGAUAGGGUCUUACUGUAUCAUUCAGACUGGCCUUGAACUCACAGUGGAGCCCAGGCUGGCCUAGAAGUCAUGAGACCCUCUUGCCUUAGUCUCCUGAGUGCUGGGCUCAUAGGUGUGGACCACAAUGUCUAAUCAUUUCAAGGUUUUUUUUUGCCCUCGUUUGAGGUGUGUUUCCUUAUUGGUCUGUUAUAGCAGUGAAUUCUGUUUGGAAUCUGGUCUCUAUAGUUUGGAAAUGUGAUUUCGAGUAGUAUGUUCUGUUUUAACAAAAUUUUGUUGUAAUGAUGCAGGUUUCACAAAGGUCCUUAAGCUGAGAUGGCACUUGUGUUCUCUGUAUCCCAUGUCUGUAAAAACCUCAUGAGUAGUCCUUUGAUAAUGGUUCUGAGACUGGAGGAACCUCCAGGAUUUUAUGGAGGAAAACAUAAAAGAAAACUGGAAGAGCUUUGGUGUCUGGUCCCUUGGGGAGAGCUUUAUUUCUCCAUGACUUUUCCUGCUAGUGUUUGAAACUUCCCUGUGUAGAAUGUGAGCCAGGAGGGAGGUCCUCAUAAGCCUUCCCUUCCUCGAGGCAGAAAUGAACCCCCAGACCAUCCCUGGUGCCUCCUGUCUGAGUAGCAGAGGCUUUCUGUCCACUCCCCAGAGAACCGAACAUAGCGUCUUACUCAAACUCCUGUCUCUAGACCAAAUGUUCCAGCUGCUGGUCAGCAGAGCUGCCCGUUUAAUAAACAGUCGAAGGAAUGUGGGUUUGAGUGAUCACCUUCUCUGCCAGUUUUGGAGCCUGGGGAAAAAAAGAGCUGUCUUUGGAAAAAACUUUUCGUUUCUGUGGCUUUUUACUUGUAAGACUGGUUGACUGUUAAAAUGAGGUUGGUGGGUUGUUUUUCCCCAUAGGAGGACUUGAGCUGAGAGAACUGGUUUUAGCCAAUUACCCCCACCCCACCCCAGUUCAUCUUUUUCCCCUUGGAUUCUGCAGAGUGGUGACUGACUGGCCAGGGCCUGGGAGGGCGCUGACGAUGGUUUCUGCCAGCAGCUGUGACUAGACACUUGCAGGUACUCUGUACGUGUAUCACCUCAGAUGGCAAACCGGAUUGUGGAUUCUGCAAGGAGCAUCUUAAACAAGUUCAUACCUGAUAUCUAUAUUUACACAGACCACAUGAAAGGAGUCAAUUCUGGGAAGUCUCCAGGCUUUGGGUUGUCACUGGUUGCUGAGACCACCAAUGGCACCUUCCUCAGUGCUGAACUGGCCUCCAACCCCCAGGGCCAGGGCACAGCUGUGCUUCCUGAGGACCUGGGCAGGAACUGUGCCAGGCUGCUGCUUGAGGAGAUCCACAGGGGUGGAUGUGUAGACUCAACCAACCAAAGUCUAGCUUUGCUGCUCAUGACCCUUGGACAGCAGGACGUUUCCAAAGUCCUCCUAGGACCAAUCUCUCCUUAUACGUUUCAGAAGCAGGCAACGGGAACAAGAUGUGAACUGUUUCUCUUCUGCAGAAAAAGAGGCCCUUCCUCCAGCUCCCUCUUUGGCCAAUGUUCUAAAAAAGACUGCAUGGAAAUGGCUUGCCUAAUGAUGACAGAAAUGGAAGCUACAUCCACAUUUCCAGUACAUCAGAAUGGUGAUAUUCCUGGAAAUACUAAUUCUGUGAAGCAAGUCGAUCCAGUCCUUCAGGUGUAUCUUUAUCAUUCCCUUGGGAAAGCUGAGGGAGAUUAUCUGAAGUUUCCAACUGGAGAGUAUGUUGCAGAAGAAAUUUGUGUUGCUGCUUGUAAAGCCUGUGGCAUCACACCUGUGUAUCAUAAUAUGUUUGCUUUAAUGAGUGAAACAGAAAGGAUCUGGUAUCCACCCAAUCAUGUCUUCCAUAUAGAUGAAUCAUCCAGGCAUAAUGUACUCUACAGAAUAAGAUUUUACUUUCCUCACUGGUAUUGCAGUGGAAACAACAGAACCUAUCGGUAUGGAAUAUCUCGAGGUGCUGAAGCUCCUCUUCUUGAUGAUUUUGUCAUGUCUUACCUUUUUGCUCAGUGGCGGCAUGAUUUUGUGCAUGGGUGGAUAAAAGUACCUGUGACACAUGAAACACAGGAAGAAUGUCUUGGAAUGGCAGUGUUAGAUAUGAUGAGAAUAGCUAAAGAAAAAGAUCAAACUCCAUUGGCCAUCUAUAACUCAGUCAGCUACAAGACAUUCUUACCAAAAUGUGUCAGAGCAAAGAUCCAAGACUAUCAUAUUUUGACAAGGAAGAGAAUAAGGUACAGAUUUCGCAGAUUUAUUCAGCAGUUCAGUCAAUGCAAAGCCACUGCCAGAAACUUGAAACUUAAGUAUCUUAUAAAUCUGGAGACUCUUCAGUCUGCCUUCUACACAGAACAAUUUGAAGUAAAAGAACCUGGAAGAGGUCCUUCAGGUGAGGAGAUUUUUGCAACCAUUAUAAUAACUGGAAACGGUGGAAUUCAGUGGUCAAGAGGGAGACAUAAAGAAAAUGAGACACUGACAGAACAGGAUUUACAGUUGUAUUGUGAUUUUCCUGAUAUUAUUGAUGUCAGUGUUAAGCAAGCAAAUCAGGAAGGCUCAAAUGAAAGUAGAAUUGUAACUAUCCAUAAGCAAGAUGGUAAAAAUUUGGAAAUUGAACUGAGUUCAUUAAGGGAAGCUUUGUCUUUUGUGUCAUUGAUUGACGGAUAUUAUAGACUGACUGCAGAUGCUCAUCAUUACCUCUGUAAAGAGGUGGCACCCCCUACAGUGCUUGAGAACAUACAGAGCAACUGUCAUGGCCCUAUUUCAAUGGAUUUUGCCAUCAGUAAAUUGAAGAAAGCGGGUAAUCAGACUGGACUUUAUGUACUUCGGUGCAGCCCUAAGGACUUUAAUAAAUAUUUUCUGACUUUUGCUGUUGAGCGAGAAAAUGUCAUUGAAUAUAAACAUUGCUUGAUUACAAAAAAUGAGAAUAGAGAAUACAACCUCAGUGGGACCAAGAAGAACUUCAGUAAUCUUAAAGAUCUUUUGAAUUGCUACCAAAUGGAAACUGUUCGCUCAGACAGUAUAAUUUUCCAGUUUACUAAAUGCUGUCCCCCAAAACCAAAAGAUAAAUCAAACCUUCUAGUCUUUAGAACCAAUGGUGUUUCUGAUGUAUCAACUUCACCAACAUUACAGAGGCAUAAUAAUGUGAACCAAAUGGUAUUUCACAAAAUCAGAAACGAAGAUUUGAUAUUUAAUGAAAGCCUUGGCCAAGGGACUUUCACAAAAAUUUUUAAAGGAAUAAGGAGAGAAGUAGGAGACUAUGGUCAGCUGCAUGAAACAGAAGUUCUUUUGAAAGUUCUGGAUAAAGCACAUAGAAACUAUUCAGAGUCUUUUUUUGAAGCAGCAAGCAUGAUGAGUCAGCUUUCUCACAAGCAUUUGGUUUUAAAUUAUGGUGUAUGUGUCUGUGGAGAGGAGAAUAUUCUCGUUCAGGAGUUUGUAAAAUUUGGAUCAUUAGAUACAUACUUGAAAAAGAAUAAAAAUUCUAUAAAUAUAUUGUGGAAACUUGAAGUGGCUAAACAGUUGGCAUGGGCUAUGCAUUUUCUAGAAGAAAAAAACCGUAUUCAUGGGAAUGUAUGUGCCAAAAAUAUUCUACUUAUCAGAGAAGAAGACAGGAAGACAGGAAAUCCUCCUUUCAUCAAACUUAGUGAUCCUGGCAUUAGUAUUACAGUUUUACCAAAGGACAUUCUUCAGGAGAGAAUACCAUGGGUACCACCAGAAUGCAUUGAAAAUCCUAAAAAUCUAAAUUUGGCAACAGACAAAUGGAGCUUUGGUACUACUUUGUGGGAAAUCUGCAGUGGAGGAGAUAAACCUCUGAGUGCUCUAGAUUCUCAAAGAAAAUUACAGUUUUAUGAAGAUAGGCACCAGCUUCCUGCACCAAAAUGGACAGAAUUAGCAAACCUUAUAAAUAAUUGUAUGGAUUAUGAACCAGAUUUUAGGCCUUCUUUCAGAGCCAUCAUACGAGAUCUUAACAGUUUAUUCACUCCAGAUUAUGAACUGUUAACAGAAAAUGACAUGUUACCAAACACGAGGAUGACUGCUUCAUUGUCUUCUGGUGCUUUUGAAGAUAGAGACCCUACACAGUUUGAAGAAAGACACUUAAAAUUUCUACAGCAACUUGGCAAGGGUAAUUUUGGAAGUGUGGAGAUGUGCCGGUAUGACCCUCUAGAGGAUAAUACUGGGGAGGUGGUAGCUGUAAAAAAGCUCCAGCACAGUACCGAGGAGCACCUCAGAGAUUUUGAAAGGGAAAUUGAAAUCUUGAAAUCCCUACAGCAUGAUAACAUUGUAAAGUACAAAGGAGUCUGCUACAGUGCUGGGCGGCGUAAUCUAAGAUUAAUUAUGGAAUAUUUACCAUAUGGGAGUUUACGAGACUACCUCCAAAAACACAAAGAACGGAUAGAUCACAAAAAACUUCUGCAAUAUACAUCUCAGAUAUGCAAGGGUAUGGAGUACCUUGGCACAAAAAGGUAUAUACACAGAGAUCUGGCAACAAGAAAUAUAUUGGUGGAGAAUGAGAACAGAGUUAAAAUUGGAGAUUUUGGAUUAACCAAAGUCUUGCCACAAGACAAAGAAUACUACAAAGUGAAAGAACCUGGUGAAAGUCCCAUAUUCUGGUAUGCUCCAGAAUCUCUGACAGAGAGCAAGUUUUCUGUGGCCUCAGAUGUUUGGAGUUUUGGAGUAGUUCUUUAUGAACUUUUCACAUAUAUUGAGAAGAGUAAAAGUCCACCAGCAGAGUUCAUGCGUAUGAUUGGCAAUGACAAACAAGGACAGAUGAUUGUGUUCCAUUUGAUAGAACUCCUAAAGAAUAAUGGAAGAUUACCACGACCAGAUGGAUGCCCAGAUGAGAUUUAUAUGAUCAUGACAGAAUGCUGGAACAAUAACGUAAACCAGCGCCCCUCCUUUAAGGACCUAUCAUUUCGAGUGGAUCAAAUAAGGGACAACAUGAGUGGAUGAAAGAAGUGAUUUACUUUGAGACCAAAUGAGAUUUACAGAACAAAGUUUUAUAUUUCACAUUGCUGUGGAUUAUUAUUGUAAUUGUUAUUACAUAUAUCAUGAUCUAGCCAGCAAAGAUGUGAAAGUAUCUACUCGAAACAGUCACAAUUUAGUGAGUUUUUCUUCAAUACGGACAUAUAUAAAAGACCUUCAUGAAAAAUCCCAAGCAAGAAAUUUUGUAAAAAGUUUCAUGAAUCUUAGUUACCUAUCCUUCUGUGGCAAAAGAAAGACUUUUUUCAAUUUAAUUUUUUGAGAGAUAAAAAAAAUACAAUGUAAAUUUUGCAGUGUUAAAGAUGAACACAAUAUAUGUACAGUUUUUAUGACAGUGAAUGUAUAAUACUUUGGUAUCUUGUGUGAUUUACACAAGGGCUUGUGUUCAUUAAUAAUAUUUCUAACUUUUCCAUGUUGAUCUAUAACUACUAUACAAAUUAUGAUGCCAAAAAAAUUGAAUAAACACCUUUGUGUUUUUGUUCAUCUA